UUUGCUGCAACAGCAUUAUCAGGAAAAAUUUAGCUUGUGCUGAGCAGUAUUCUAAGGCGGAUUUGAUACAAAUGGAAACUUUUUAUUCCAAAAACGCUAUUGAACCUGUGCCUCUACUUGAUGGCAAAACCACAAGAAAGUAUCAGUUUUAUAUUCUUUUUUUUAGUUUCAUUUCAGAGAUCAAAUGUGGUUUAUACCGUCAGGCCAUACCUGGAGCAGAAUACUGCUUGCUCUAAGGAGCUUUUUUUUAAACCUUUCUCAGAUUAAUUGGCAGUAUAAAUCCUUCCUCAGAUUAAUUGACCUGCAAAAUAACUACAAAGGCUCAGGGCAGAGCUGCUCUGGCAGCCACCAGGUCACAAGGUGGUUUGUGUUCCAGUUUUGUCACAGGCAGGUUGGUGUUCUAGUUUGCAGGUGCUGGGGAAAUGUUUCUUUCCCUUUGCAGAGGAACUCUAGGGAUGGCUCUGGGAUGAGUGAUAAAAGGAGUGUUUCGUUCCUUAUGACUCUGGUUGUGAUUCUCUUGUGAUUUGGAGCAACUUCAUUAAAAACCAGGUCCAUCUUUUUAAAUUUGAUAUGGAAUUUAAGGAGGAUGAAGGACAAAAUUUUCAUAAAGCCUGACAUCUUGAGAAUGAUUUUCUCAGGGAAGGUAUUUGUGCAGGGCACUGGCUUUAUUUUUCAGCCUAACAGAAAUAAAAGGAGAUACAGGAGCACGGUAAUUGUUAAUGGCAAACAGAGGUAAAUUACAGGAAAUUGUAUUUCUUGAAAUUAAUUUAGCAGUUGCUGGAUCCCUCUGUAACUCAUUGCUGCAGUGAGCUGGGGAGCAAAGGCAGCUGCUGUGUCACUGGACUGCCACUGGCCUUGAGCAGUUGGUCCCUCAUGACCCAGGAUGGAAUUGGAGCAGCUCUAGAAGCCUCAUGAAACUCAAAUGUGGAGCUUUUGCUGCAUGGAGGGGCAUUUGGGGUAAGAUGAGACAGGUUUGGCUGGGAACCUCUUGCCCACAUUGCUUCCUGAAACAAACCCAGGCUGCUCAUCCUCUCUGUUACCUGUGCUUGUUUCCUCAAGUCCAGCUCCUGGAAAGCAUUGAUUUAUCCUUAGGCACAUGCAGAAUUUACUCAUUAGUUUCUUAAUUUGGGUUCUGGUGUGAAGGUGUGGGAACCAGGCAGGUAUUUUGGCUGACUUUUGAGGGCCCUGGCUCUCUUUGCUCAUGCAAAAGGAAUCAAAAAUUAAAUCCAAUGUGGUGUCAACCUGUAAAGGCUGAAGAAAGGCUUAAAUCAUUAAGAAAUGGUGAGAGACUGUAGCUGUGCCCCCUUGGAUGGUGCAGCUGAGCUCUGCUCUCUGGUGACCAGUGACAGGGGAUGGCUGCAGCUGUGUCAGGGAGGGGCAGGUUGGGUAUCAGGAAAGGUUCAUCCAGAGGGGGACUGGGCACUGAACAGGCCCCCAGGGAAUGGGCACAGCCUGACAGAGCUCCAGGAGCAUUUGCCAACACUCCCAGUCACAGGGUGGGAUUUUUGGGGUACCUGUGUGGGGCUAAGAGUGGGACUGGACUGGAUUCUUGUGGGUCCCUUCCAGCUCAGCACAUUCUGUGAUUGUGUGAACACGGUUCUAUACUAAAACAUAUUUCAUUCUAAACAUUUUGUGUGGGGAGAGAAUGAAACCUGGGGGUAAAACUGAGGUGGGAGAGGGGCUUUCCCAAGGGAUGAAUCAACUGGAAAGCAGCUCAGGAAGGAUGUGUCUUAGUGCAGCUGCUGGACUGUGACUGAGCUGCUGCCGGAGAGCAGCUGAGGGAGGGAUCAAGGCUGGUGUGUCAGGUUUCCACGCUCUGCAAGUGUGGGUGGUGCGAGCUGUGCCUGCUCCAGCCACCGAGAGAGCUGGGAGCAUGGGGCAGGUGGCUUGGAAGGCUUUAUUUCUGUCUCUUUUCGAUUAUAAAACGGAGAAAUACGUCAUUGCAAAGAACAAGAAGGUUGGGGUCCUCUACCGAGUGGUGCAGCUCUCCAUCCUGGCUUACCUGGUGGGGUGGGUGUUUGUGGUCAAGAAAGGCUACCAGGAUACAGACACAUCCCUCCAGAGCUCUGUCAUCACCAAGCUGAAAGGGGUGGCCUUCACCAACACCUCAGAGCUGGGGGAGAGGCUGUGGGACGUUGCAGACUAUGUCAUCCCUCCCCAGGGUGAAAGCGUCUUCUUUGUCAUGACAAAUCUGAUUGUGACCCCAAACCAGAGACAAGCCAUGUGUCCUGAGGUAGGAAGAAUUGAGCCCCUUGACCCCCAGACCCCUGCAAAACCGGGGAGUGCCAGCAUUCCUGAUGCCCUGUGUGAUAAGGACACAGACUGCUUGGAAGGGGAAGCAGUGGUGGCCGGCAAUGGGGUUAAGACUGGCCGUUGUUUGAAAGACAGGGGCAGCACCAGAGGGACUUGUGAGGUACUGGCCUGGUGCCCAGUGGAGAAAAGAUACAAGCCCAAGAAACCACUGCUGGGCAGCGCAGAAAACUUCACUGUUUACAUCAAGAACUCCAUUCGCUUCCCCAAGUUUAAGUUCUCCAAGAUGAAUGUGCUGGCAACUGACAACGAGUCCUACCUGAAGACCUGUCGGUACAGCCAGGAGCAUCCCUACUGCCCCAUCUUCGUGCUGGGGAACAUCGUCCGCUGGGCUGGGGGCAACUUCCAGGAAAUGGCCUUGGAGGGUGGUGUGAUAGGAAUUCAGAUUGAAUGGAACUGUGAUCUUGAUAAAGCCCCUUCUGAAUGUAAUCCUCACUAUUCUUUUAGCCGACUGGAUAACAAGUCUGCAGAAACAUCCAUCUCUUCUGGGUACAACUUCAGGUUUGCCAAGUAUUACCGGGAUGCUGAGGGGGUCGACUACCGGACGCUCAUUAAAGCGUAUGGAAUCCGCUUUGAUGUGAUGGUGAACGGCAAGGUGAGGGCCCAGACCAGAAUGUCCCAGAGCCUGGAGAGAAAGGAAGUGGGAGGAGGCAGCUGUGAGGGAGCUUUCUUUUGUGACCUGGUGCUGCUGUAUUUGAUCAAGAAGAGUAACUUUUAUCGAGGCAAAAAGUAUGAGGAGGUCAAGUCCAGCUCCAGGAAGUCCUUGUCGAGCCCUACGCUGAACAGCAAUCAGAGCCCGGACCAGCUCGGUGGGCUGUAGGCACAGCGAGGCUCUGCCAGCUGGACUCGUGCUCCAGGAAAUCCUCACAGGUGUGGCAUCACACCAGCACUGGGAGGUGGACAUAGCCCAGAUCAGCCCUACCAUGAUCAGGAUUCCCAGAGGAAAAAACCUCCUCUGAAGACUGCCUUUCCUCCCUGAGAUUUCUCUGGUAUCCUGAGCUUGCAACAGUGUGUUGUCACUAUGGAUUUAUAAAAGGAUUUUUUACAAAAGGACAAAGGCACCAAAUGAAUGUUUUUAUAUCCACUGAUAGAUACAUCUGUACUUAUGCCAAUAGCCAGUAUUGUCUUGUGGCUGUGCUUUACUUUGGGAAGGGCUGAAGCUGAAAUCCAACCUGUUUCCUGCUCUGCUGCCUUGUCAGCUACUGCCUCCAGCUCCUGCCUGGGUGAUGUGACAUCAGGUGUGAAGGAGCAGGACUGCUCUGCUCAGAAAGUGCAGGGAAAUUUGGCACUGGAGCAGCUCUUGGAGCUGGGGAAGGGGCUGUGAUCCUGCAGGGCCUGAGGCAGGGGAGCACAGUCACUCUUAUGGGGGUUAAUGCACUGAGAAGCAACGUGGCCCUGGAAGCACCUGCACAGGUUCUGCCUCCUUGCUUCAGUGCCUGGUUUCAUUUGCUCAGGAUUGUCCUUCCUGCAUCUCUUCCUGAUUUGGUGGGCAGAUCUGGAUGGGGACUCAGUGCUUCUGUUUCUCACAGCACCCUGGGCUGUGCUGCAGACCGAAGGAGGCAGCUUGCCAGGGACACAGGCUGUGCCAGCUUCCUCCAAAUACACCAACACCAGGGAGAGGCAGAAGACAUCUGCCUGCUACUUCAACACCAGUAACCUCCAGGAAAUACAAGUGCUUGUCUCAGCAGAAUCAGUCUCCCUGCAGCCCAUUUGGUCCAUUUAUCCUCAUGUGGGGAUGUAACUAAUCUCAGAAAAGGGCUUAAAGAAUAUCAUUGUGUUCUGUAAGUGAUGUCCCAUUACCCCUGACUGGGAGUUGUCCUGAUGAAGAUUAAAUGUUUCUGUGCAUCCUUUCAAUACCAAAAGUUAAAGGGCUCCUGCUGCAGCAUCUGAGGGUGGCAUCAGGGAGCUGGUGCCAUGGAACGCACAAAUGGCACCAGCAGCUGCACCCACUUCUGCUUUAACUUCUUUAAGGUUGUUACUCUGAGGUACAGGUUCAUCCUAAAUUAAAAUGCACCUCUGUUAGCAUGGCAAACUCUGAACCCAGUCACUGGCAGCAAACCCCACCCAGUCUAGUUCCCCCCCUCUGCUUCUGUGUUUUGAGCCAAAAAUGGGGCUAGAAAAUAGAAUUAAAGCAGUGGAGUUCAUUCGGGAUAAACCAUGUAUCUCUGGUGCUCUAUCUCAUCCAAAAACUUCUCUCCAUGUCACAAGUUUUUCCUCAAGGCAAACACAAGUCACCACCUGGGGAAGUGCACAAGAGUUACCACCACAGCAGCCCAGGCUUUUGACUGCCAGGGUUUAAUUGGAGUUGAGUAAUUUCUAGAUGGUGAAACACAUGGUGUACCCCCUGCGUGACAUCAGGGCCUGGCAGAACUCCUGGUCACCAAGCAGCUCCUCCUAACGUGCAAAGCUGACUGUGCUCUGCUGAAACCAUUGUUUUAACUUGCCAAAACAUCCUCUUGUGAGGACCAAAGCUAUUUCCUGAAUCUAAAUCUUCAGGCCUCCCAGAUCCCCUAGAAUGUUUCCUUUCUUUAGACUGUAACGCAACUCCUACAACCCCUGCUGUUAAUAAAACAUAACCAGAUUCCUUCUCAGGAGUUUCUUGACUUUGACUUCUUUUUUUUUUUUUUUCUCCUUGUGUUUCAUGAUCAGCAAUAAAAUGUGUCACUUCA